AUGGGCGACGCUUUGCAAGCGCUGCGCGCCAUUCUGGGCGACCCGGUGGACACUGAUCAGCUGAAGCAGCUGUUGGCCAAAGUCAAUGACGACGUCGCCGGCGCUGUGAACUUGUACUACGAUCAAAAGUCGGCGGUUCCCGCGGCCCCGUCCGCGCCAUCCGCGUCCAAGAGAGGCGCGUCCGGCGUUCUGGACUUCGACUCGAAAAGGCCUCGCGGGUCGACGGCGUCGACGUCGACGGCAGCCAAGCCGAAGGCGGGCGGCGAGCCGAGCGGGGCUUCUCCCUUGGCGGAGCGCAUGCGCCCCCGGAGCCUGGACGAGCUGUUGGGCCAGGACGAGGCCUUGGGCCAGGUGGUGGCCCAGGCGGUGCGGGAGGACCGGGUGCCCUCGCUGAUUUUGUGGGGCCCCCCGGGAUGCGGGAAGACCUCCUUCGCCCACUGCGUGGCAUUCAGCACCAAGAGCGCCUUCCGGGCCUUGUCGGCGGCCAAGGCAGGGGUGCAAGAGCUCAGGGAGGAACUGGCGCGGGCUUCCGGCAAGAAGCAGCUGGGGGGCCAGAGGACCAUUCUGUUCGUGGACGAGAUCCACCGGUGGUCCAAGGCGCAGCAAGAUGCUUUGCUGCUGGACUGUGAGAAGGGCACCAUCACGCUCAUCGGGGCCACCACGGAGAACCCCUCCUUCUCGCUGAACAACGCCAUCCUCUCCCGGUGCCGCCUGGUGGUCUUCGGCAAGCUCUCCGCCGAGGCGCUGGAGCGCGUCUUGGACCGCGCCGCGCGCGCCGACGCGGCGCUGAGCGGCCGCGAGGUGAGCGCCGAGGCGCGGCAGCUACUGGCCAGCGCCGCGGACGGCGACGCGCGGGUGGCGCUGAACGCCUUGGAGCUGGCGGCCAACAUGACCUCGGGCGGGAUUGAUGCAGACGCCGUCCGUGCGGCGGUCCAAAAGCGGGCGCUCUACGAUCGAAACGGGGACUUUCAUUACGACCUGAUCAGUGCGUUGCACAAGAGCCUGCGCGGCGGAUGCGCGGACGGGGCGCUGUACUACGCCACGAGGAUGUUGACGGCUGGGGAGGAGCCGCGGUACCUGACCCGGCGCCUCAUCCGCUUCGCCUCAGAGGAUGUGGGGCUGGCCGACCCCUCGGCCCUCCUGCAAGCUGUGGCCGCGGACCAGGCCACCCAUGCCAUCGGCAUGCCGGAGGCGGGAGUGGUCAUCGCCCAGCUGGUGGUGUACCUGGCGCUGGCGCCGAAGAGCUGUGCGGUGUACAAGGCCUACGAAGCUGCCCGGAAGGUUUGCAUCGACGAGCCCCAUGCGGCAGUGCCGCUGCACAUCCGCAAUGCACCCACCAAAAUGAUGAGGAGCCUGGGCUACGGGGAGGGCUACUUCUACAACCCCUCCGGGGGCUACACGAGGGGCUGCCCACAGGGCUAUCUGCCAGAAGAGCUGCAGGGCCGGAAGUUCUUCGAUGCCGAGGACUGCGAGCCCGGAAAUCGCCUCCGCUUCUGCGAGGAAAAAACCAGAAGCGCAUUGGAAGCGGCGCAGGCAGAAAGGCGCCCAGGAGGCUUUUUUUAA